CUGCCAGCGCUCCCCCCUCUCCCUGUGUAUAGGGCUCUCCAGCCUUCCCAUCAGCAGCCAUACAAGCCGGGGGUGGAUUGGUGAGAACACAGUCAGUAGACUGCUUGAAAUCAAUGUGCUGUUAAAUACCAGACUGGAUCAGCCAAUGAGGCGAUCAGAAAGCCGAACACACCUACUGACACCAUGGGAGGCCGGGCUGCUAAUCAGCCAAUGAGCAGGCAGGAAGCAUGGCUUUUGUGGCUGCAUUGUAAAUACCAUGUAGAGAAGGCACAGUUCACCGGGCGUUUCACAAUUUCUAUGCAGGAAAAAAAAACUGUGACCUUGUUCCUAGUGAUUUCACAGCAGACAGUCUUGAAAUGCGAAGGUGCUGGUCACAUCUCUCCGGAUUGUCAUUCUGUCACUGAAGGGUUGCAAGAGAAAAGCGGCUACAUCAUACAUACAACAAUGAAGCUCAUUGAUGGCAAGAAACAUUCCUUCCCAUGGUUUGGCAUGGAUAUUGGUGGCACUCUGGUUAAACUUGUCUACUUUGAGCCUAAAGAUAUCACAGCAGAGGAAGAACAAGAAGAGGUUGAAAACCUGAAAAGCAUAAGAAAAUACUUGACUUCAAAUACAGCCUAUGGAAAAACUGGAAUCAGAGAUGUCCAUUUGGAACUGAAAAAUCUGACCAUGUGUGACCGUAAAGGCAAUCUGCACUUUAUCCGCUUUCCCACCUGUGCUAUGCAUAGGUUCAUUCAGAUGGGAAGCGAGAAGAACUUCUCCAGCUUACACACUACACUAUGUGCCACAGGAGGUGGGGCGUUCAAGUUUGAAGAAGACUUUAGGACGAUAGCUGACCUUCAGCUCCAUAAACUGGAUGAACUGGACUGCUUGAUCCAGGGCCUUCUCUACAUGGAUUCAGUGGGAUUUAAUGGACGACCAGAGUGUUAUUAUUUUGAAAACCCAACCAAUCCAGAGCAGUGUCUGAAGAAGCCAUAUUGCCUUGAUAAUCCUUACCCUAUGUUGCUGGUUAAUAUAGGGUCAGGAGUCAGUAUCCUUGCAGUGUAUUCUAAAGACAACUAUAAAAGAGUAACUGGGACCAGUCUGGGAGGAGGAACAUUCCUUGGCCUAUGCUGCUUGCUGACGGGUUGUGAAACAUUCGAGGAGGCUUUGGAAAUGGCUGCUAAAGGAGACAGCACAAAUGUCGAUAAACUUGUGAAAGACAUCUAUGGUGGGGACUAUGAACGCUUCAGUCUUCAGGGCUCUGCUGUCGCCUCUAGUUUUGGACAUAUGAUGAGCAAAGAAAAAAGAGAUACCAUCAGUAAGGAGGACUUGGCAAGAGCGACACUGGUUACCAUUACAAAUAACAUCGGGUCAAUUGCCCGUAUGUGUGCCCUUAACGAGAACAUUGACAGAGUAGUAUUUGUGGGGAACUUUCUACGAAUUAACAUGGUUUCCAUGAAGCUGCUAUCUUAUGCCAUGGAUUACUGGUCAAAAGGACAGCUCAAAGCCCUUUUUCUGGAGCAUGAGGGUUAUUUUGGAGCUGUCGGGGCCCUUCUGGAGCUACUGAAGAUGAAUGAUGAACACUAGGAAGAUCGUCGGUGCACAAAUCGCACACAUCAAGGCUGCUGACUGAGAGGCUUCUUCCUUCCUAAUCUUCCAAGAGAUGCAUACAAAGCCAUUUCACCACCUGUAUGUCGUGUCCUGUACAUAGAGCAGAUUCCUUUCAACAGACACUGAAAUCCUGUAUAUAUUUGUAUAUUUUAUUGUAUAAACCAACUUUGCAACAUGGCCAAAUGUACUGUAGUGAUUUUAGAACUAAUUUUUAUGCAGUAAUUAUUCAUAUUUAUAUUUCUUUUUUAUGUAAAUAGUCUUUUACCCUGCUGGUUGUGCAGGGCUGCUGCUGUUUUAAAAUAGAGAUAUCUGUUUUAUGUUUUUUUUUGUUUUUUUUCAUAAUAUCUCUGUUAGUUGAACUUUAAUGCUAAACCUGAGGGCGGCUUUGCAAAUGUUGUGGAGAUUGGACCUAUGAAAUCCUAGAACUACUUGUUGGUUCACUCACACCCUUCUAAUGAGAGCCAGUUAAUAGAAAAGCCCAUCGUUCACAUUUGGACUCAUUUUGGAGUAGUAUAUUAUUUGAGGAAACAAUAUAUCUGCCGAGUAGUGAAAAAGGUUUAGCUUUCCUUUCAUGUCUCUGUUGAAUGACACAUUAUCAUUUUUUUUUUUCAUUUUUAUUAAAUGCUUCCAUGUUUAUAGGGUAUCUUUUUAUAUCAUUUCUAUCAUUACCAUUUUUUAUUUUUUUAAAUACAUUUGUCAUACAAGGUGCUUCCAACAUUUUAGGUUGCCCUUGUUCACUGAAAACACUAAAACUUCCCGUGUCUGUAUGAGCAAGCAGACUUGGAAGGGGUUCUAUCCCCCCUCUGAUUUUUGUGAGUUUUGAAUAGACGUGAAUAGCAGGUUAUCAAACUACCCAGACUUUUCACAACAUAAAAGUAAACCUCUUUGUAGCAAACCUACUUUUCCCCUCUGGCAUGCCACGAGUAAGUAGGAAAGGUUUAUAGGCAAUAUUUCUUUCUGAUAAAAAAAGGAAAAAGCUUGUUAUAUAUUUAAUUCUGCAUAAUAAAUAAAAAACACUAUACAUUCCCCUAAUCCAUUAAAGGCACUUCCAUCAUUAGUUUGAAUGUUAUGCAGUCUCAAGGGUCUGUUUGUUUUUUUGUUUUUUUCACUUAUAAAAAAGUGAAAUGAGUUUAAAGGCCAAGUUCACCCUUUGGAACAUGUUACACCCAUAUUUAUGGUGUAACAUGUACCGCCUCUGACAGUGGGCAAACCAGCUAGGCUGUGUGGGGCUCCGCCCACAGAGCCGCAUCAUUCAUUCACAGGUAUCUGGGAAUGAAGAAACUACAGGUCCCAUCUGCCACCACGGUUCUCAAUGAACUGCAAAGGCAGGGAUGAGCGCAAUCCUAGUUCAUUCACAAGGCCUGCAGUUUUCAAACAGAGAGUCGGUACAGAGGUCCAGGCUGAAAGCUGUUUGGCUUGUCUGCAGAAGCCUGACGCUGGACUCAUGAUCUACUGACCUGCAGGAAAAAAUAUUAAUAAAUGCAUAUUUUUUUCUCUGCAAAAAUAUGUACAUUUAUUAGCUUUUCCCAAAUGGUGAACGUGUCCUGUAAACUUUUUCAGUGGAUGUCAGUUAGAAAAGGGAAAGCUACAUUUUUAUUCAUAUUCACAAGACAAAUUAGAGUUGAUUUGUGUAAACACAAGUCUUGCUUUUUAUUAUCAAUAUAUAGUCAAGCAGCAUAACAAGUAAAGCAUUUUUUUUAUAUCGUGUGCUUUAAACUGUAAGGAGCUGACCUAUACCAGCAGCACAUUGGAGAGCUGGGCCAUUGCUCUUACACACAACUAAUCGGUCCAGGUUUCCAGCAGCUCAACACAGCCCCUACACAGGGAUCCCACCUACAAUGCUGCUUAGGGAGCAUGAGUGCUAUUGGUUGUAGUGCUGUGCAAGGGCGGUGUUGGUCUGUACACUCGGACCCCUACACUGAGAGCAGUAAUAAUAAUAAUUUAAAAAAAUACCGUUUUAAGUGCCAGUUCACACAGGGGCGACUUGUCAGGCGACUUAGCCUCCUGACAAGUUGUGCUCCAUUCUGUACUAUAGAACGGUUCUUAUAGGAGCGACUCAAGUCGCUCUGACUUAGAAAAAGGUUCCUGUACUACUUUGGGACAACUUCAGACCGACUUGCAUUGACUUCUAUACAAAAGUUAUUUUGCAAGCUGCCGAUGAAGUCGUGCAUAGCCGCGCUGCAAGUUGGGCUGCCCCUGUGUGAACUGGCAUUUACUUGUUAUGCAGCCUAAAAAAAAAAGGCACCUAGAGGUUCCUGCCUACACCUGCAACAACCUCCCAAACCCUCUAAUCAUGGCAACAUGCUGGACCAUUCUGUAAGCAAAGCUUUUUCUGAUCGUAUUGGCCAGUGAGGCUGCCCCCUCAUAAUAAAGAUUUAGCAGCAAAUUUACACUACCUAGAGUCAGACCUUUUAACUGUUAAAACGGCCAAGGAUUCUGCCAUGUCAGCAGAGUUUAGAAGUCCCCUUCGGGUAUGUGCACCACAAGGUGCCUCUACUUUAUACUUGCAGCAUUUUUUUUUUUUUAAUCCCGUUACAAAGUCUUUUUAAAAUGAAGCUGACCUGGCCUAAUACGCUCUAUAGUAACAACUGUGCUAAAAUGCAUGGACCUUGUGAUUAUUGAAAUGCCUAUAACAGUUUCCAAUCAACCCCCAUGUCUCAUUUAAGCCCCUUGGUUCCUAGGUCUAGGCUGUACAUGGGACCUUCACUUCAUGCCUCCUCACACCACCAAACCCUGCUCCUGUCAUUUACCUGUCAAAUGCCCAAAGCCUUUGCUACCAGUAAAGCUCUGGCAUUUGACAGCUGAAGAACAGAGAUGGGAUCUGAUGCCAAGAGUGGAGGGCCUUUUAUUAAUGGGGGCAGAUGUCAAGGCUCGAUGUACGUCCCAGACUGGAAAUUCUUGGGCGUGACACAUGGAAACCCCGACAGUCAAUGCUAGUCACCGCUAUAACGUUAGAUUUAGACCAGGACAGCUUCAGUUAUCUUUUUAAAAAAAAGUUGCAGGGUUAUAAGAAUGGAAAAAAAAUCUAUGUAGAAUAAAAUUCAGUCAAUUGUAUUGUUGCUAUUAAUGCCCUCUUAUGUUAGAACACUUGAAUUGAUGUUUAAUGACUGUGACCUUUGUUUUAGAAACGUUCUUUUCUUUUUUUAACGUUUUCUUAUGCUGAAGCUCAAAAUUCACUGCACUUAAUUUAUGCUGUUGUUUAAAAAAGGAUAUUCAAAGGCUGUUACCGCAGCCAGUUAAUAUUAUCUUUAUUUUUUAAAGCAAAAUAAAACGGUGAUUAAACACUAAAAGACAUUAUAUGCUCAUA